AUGGCGAUGAUCAAGAAAGACGUUUCUUACAAAAUGCUUAGAUCUUUUGUAAGCCGUGUGAAUUCAACCACCGCCUCUCCGGCACGAAGAACCACCAUUAACACACCCAUCCAGAACAGCUUCCCGGCGGUUGCGCAGCCGGUCGCCACCGUGAAAGAUGACGGAAACGACGGCGCCGUGAAGAUAUUUGACUUUGAGGAUACCAAGCGUUUGUUCGCGUCUGUUCCGACGAGAAAACUGUUGCAUUCGGCGAUCACUUUGAACGUCUGUGCAAUGGAAUCGAUGGUGGAUUUCAGUAUUAAGGUUAUGAAUUCGAAGACGAUGGAGACGAAUAGGUUUUUUAGGGAGGCGGUGUUGAAGACGAUCAGGCAUUCGGCGUACGAUCAUUUUGUGGCCGGCGAAGAUACGGUGCAAGCGGGUCGGACCGUGAACAGAUUAUGGGAGUCCGGGUUGAGAGGGAUGUUGGACUAUGGGUUGGAGCAUGCUGCUGAUAAUGAAUCUUGUGAUGAUAACACUCAAGAACUGAUCAAAACUGCUGAAUCUGCCCACUCCCUUCCCCCAUCUUCUGUAAGUUUUGUGGUCGUGAAAGUUACAGCAAUCUGUCCAGUGUAUCUGCUCAGGAGAGUGAGUGAUCUUCUUCGAUGGGAGUACCAGAAUUCAUCUUUCAAGCUCUCAUGGAAGCAACAAACCCUGCCAAUAUUUUCUGAAUCAAGUCCUUUUUAUCACACAUUACAGCAACCAGCCCCAUUAUCUGCUGAAGAAGAGCAUGAUCUUGAGUUAGCCCACCAAAGAUUAACGAGCAUUUGUGAUAAAAGCAUUAACGGCGGUAUUCCUGUAGUUGUCGAUGCAGAAGACACUUCGAUCCAGCCUGCGAUCGAUUACUUGACAUACUGGGCUGCACUUAACUACAACAAGGGCACGAAACCGAUGGUUUUUGGCACCAUUCAAGGUUACUUGAAGGACGCCGGAAAGAGGAUGUAUCUGACCAAGAAGGCCGCUGAUAAAAUGGGAGUUCCGGUCGGGUUUAAGCUUGUGAGAGGUGCUUAUAUGUCGAGUGAGCGUAAACUGGCUAAUUCUCUCGGUGUUGAUUCUCCGGUUCACGACACCCUCAAUGGCACACACGACUGUUUCAAUGGCUGUGCUUCAUUCAUGCUCGAUGAAGUCUCUAAGGGCCCUGGUGGACUCGUUCUUGCUAGCCAUAAUCUUGAAUCAGGUAAACUGGCCGCACAGAAGGCGCGCGAUUACGGAAUCGGUAAAGAGAGCGAGAAGCUCGAGUUCGCUUCGCUCUACGGAAUGGCGGAGGGAAUGACUUUCGGGUUGAAGAAUGGAGGGUUCAGUGUAAGCAAGUACUUGCCAUUCGGACCCGUUGAACAAAUCAUGCCGUAUCUUCUACGACGUGCAGAGGAGAACAGAGGACUGUUGUCUUCCUCGAAUCUCGACAGGCAACUGAUGAAGCAAGAACUGAAGAGGAGGCUGAAGGCUUGUUUUACCGUCGGUGAAAACCAAUUCAAACCAGAAACUAACUCAAUGGCAAGUAACUGAAGGGAAAUCUGAUUCACUGUGCAAAAAAAACUGUAGAUAUUUUGGUUCCACCAUCUUGUUGCUAUAUAUAGAAUGUUAACCCACUCUCAUUGGCAAGUUGUACAUCUAAAAAUACAAAUAUUAUAGGGGCAAAGGUUGCUUUGU